CAGGAAUCCCUCUUCCAUCGAUGAUAAGUAUGAUAACUCGAGUCCUCCGUUUGGUACUAAUAGUAAUAGGUAUUGGAGUUAGAGUAGUGAACUAGUGAUCAUUCUCAUUCAUCAGUCAUCACAACGUAGAGUAUAAAGCGUCCAACCGAGUUUGUGGUCACAAUUAAAUAGGCAUUUAAUAAAAGGAAAUUAAACUCCCAAAAAAGGUUGUAGUAGUAGUAGUAUUAUUUGAAGGGUACAUCCCUUCUUUUCCCGUUCCAAAAUCCAAUAAUUUUCCACUGAAUGCCCACCUAAGAGGAAUAAUAUGCAAUACCUUCUUGCAUCUGGUUCCUUUUCAUGUCUUCUGGGUUAUACUCUCCAACGUCGCAGUUUUCCUCUCCACAGUGUAUGCAGACCGUGUCUGCUUAAGCCUCACUGUGCUCAGAGACAGCAGAGCCGAACAAGCCUUAGAACUUCAUGGCCUUGGGUGUCACUUUCACUUUUUGGCACAGGCUUCUCAUUUGGUCCCCUUCUCGAUGGACUCCAUUCAAGAGUCAAUCUCGUGGUGUACAAGACAGGGUCCAUUGACUUAGGUCCACUCCACACAAAUAUCUGGGUUCCUUUCUUGCUGGGGUUGUUUUACUGCUCGGUUGGUUUGCUUCAACUCUACCUAGAUCAAAGGGUCUUAAACAAGGCUCAAGAGGGAAGUUUAGCUAAAACAAUUGCCUCACUGAUAUUGCUGGUGCUGUUUAUAGAAUUGAGUGCUGAACUUUACAAAGCCGGAAUUGCUGACAACAUUGAGGCCUACAUAUUAUUUGCUGCAGCAGAGUUCAUAUGGUUUUUCUUGGAUAGGACAUGGUCAGGGUUCAACCUGGCAUGCAUUGUGGGGCUUGGCUGUCCACUGGCUGAGAUACCCAUAAUGAAGUUCUUCCACCUUUGGUACUAUCCUCAAGCGAAUAUUGAAAUCCUUGGCCAGGGACUAGUUACUUGGACACUCACUUGCUACUUUGUGUAUACGCCAUUCUUAAUCAAUUUGUCACGGUGGUUGAGAACAGUUUAUGCUGCUCAAACAGAGGAGUCUUCCUGAGACAAUAUGUUAAACCGUGCUGUUUAUUCUAUUAUAAUGAACAGCAACCAAAUCACAGCCUUCAACAAACACAUUGUAAAAAGGCAUCCCGGUCUAAACUAGGAUUAUAUAUUAUAUAAUGUUGAUUCAUAUCCAAGUGUAUUCAUAAGGACUAGGCCAUUUUAAUCAAUUAUUAAAUGUUUCAGCUUCACACCUUAGAUGAGAUCA